CGCGCGCUUCGCCCAAGCCCCCCUCCUCCUCGCCCUCCCCUCGCCGCUCACGCCGUUCAUAGCGUAGUACGUAGCACUUACGCGCGCGCGCAGCGCGGGCGAGAGAGACAAAGCUCGUCGGCCGGCUGUCUCUCGCCUGCCAUGGGAACGGAGGUGCUCCGCCCGCACGACUGCCUGACCCGCGUCCGCCACCACGCCCACGCCCACGCCCACGCCGGCUCCAGGCGGUCGCCGCGCCCGGCCGCGAGGAGGCGCCGCGGCACCGCUCGGCGCGCCCAGGCGGCGUCGCCCCUGCCGCAAGAGGUGCGGGUCAAGGUGUCGCCCGCCACCGCGGACGCCGCGUACGCCGGGCCAGCGUUCGGCGUCAUGUCGCCGUCGCCGCGGGCGCUGCCGCUGCCGCGCUUCAGCAACACCAAGACGGCAGCCCCGGCCACCGUGGAGGACUCGGCCACGCGGGAGCUCCGGCGGCUGCUGGGCCUCGAGCGGCCGGCCAACUAACCGCGCGCGAGAAAUCUGACGAGCAGGCCAUGGACUCAGCGAACCAAGAAAAGGGUGUGUCAAGAUGUACGUGUGGGUCUCUUCCAUUGAUUCUUUCCGGUCAAUCUCCGCCCCUGCCUCUCCGACGGCGCGCGUUCCCGGGGCCUCCCCCGUCCGGUGUUUUUGUCAAGGACCGAGGGUUUGUGCGGGACCCGUCGUAGGAGAGGGGGCUAAACUAGAGGAAGAAGAAAUGAUGAAAUGGCGGGAAGAUUUGAUGUGGUUGA